AUGGGAUGGGUCAAAAGCCCGAUUCACAAACGAGCACAUCAGAACAAAAGGUACAAUACAGCAACUAUGCUCCAGUUCAAGCUCGUAUUAUUGGGAGACUCCUCUGUGGGUAAGUCUUCGAUCGUUCACAGGUUUGUGAAGGACUCUUUUGACGAGUUCCGCGAAAGUACAAUCGGUGCGGCUUUCUUGUCGCAAACCAUCAAGUUGGAAAAGCAUCCCGACGUGACCAUCAAGUUUGAGAUAUGGGACACUGCUGGCCAGGAGAGGUACAAGUCGCUGGCCCCCAUGUACUACAGAAAUGCGAACGCGGCCCUGAUAGUGUACGACGUGACGCAGCCAGGCUCGCUCGUUAAGGCGCAGAGCUGGGUUGAAGAGCUCAAGAAUAAGGUCGGUGACCAAGACCUAGUGAUCUGUCUAGCUGGUAACAAGGUGGAUAUUUGCGACGAAGACGCGACCGCGAGGGAGGUGCAACGCGAGGACGCGCAGCUUUACGCCCAGGAGCAGGGUCUGCUUUUCUACGAGACCAGCGCCAAGACCGGAGCUGGCGUCUCAGCUAUAUUCCAGGAGAUCGGCGAGAGGGUUUACCAGAAAAAGGGCAUGGAAGUCCCUUCAUCGACACAGGCCCGUAAGCCGCUAAACGUUGAGCUUCAGAGGCCAUCUACCAACGACUCCACCUCCUGCUGUUCUUAA